CAGAAACGAAACCCAGAAGAGAUAGAGAUAGCAAUCAGUCACUCCAGUGUACACACCGAAACCAAAAGACAAGAUUAAUCAUACACUCUGUAGUCAGCUUUUCGUGGUAAGUUGCUUUGGACAAAAUCUUUGUAAAGAUGUUCUUCUUACAAGAUGGCAGUCUGGAUUCAAAUCGCCUAUCUGCUAUUGGGUGGAAGCGUUCUAAGAUUCCAAUUGGCUCGACUCUGCACAUCUCCGUGCAGGAAACGCAGGCUAUCUGGUUGCUUGUCAUGGCCUUGCCUGCGAAAGCCAGUGGACGUCCCGCAUGGUGUACUACAAACCACCGUACAAAAUUGGCAUUCCGGGAUGAAACAGAAAGAAAAGAAUGAUAGAAACAGCAACUUUAUUAUAAAAUCAAUCGUAUGGACAGUAUAGACAAUCGAACACCAUUCAAGUCGCAUAACAAGGGCCCAAGUAUAACAUGUUAAUGGCCCAGGUACAGCUGCUCCAUGAUUGGUGGACGGACGGACACACACGGGGGCACAUACGAGCAAAGUUAGUUCCAUCAAAAUGUAGGAUGCAAUCCCGUUGGAUAGAUGUCCAUUUCGUCUGGUCAAGCACUGGGUAGGAUUUGAAUUCCUUCGUAGAUUUGGAGUCACGAUUCCUGUCUUCACGAACUCGAUGUCACAGCAUGCAAGAUCGGAUUCUUAGAAGAUCUAAUGCUGGCCUAAUGUACUCGAUUAAAAAUAAUAAUCCACGACUGAGGCGUAUGAUACUCAUGUACAA